UUCUUAAUACAGUGAUUAAAUUAAAUAAAUAAAAGCAUAAUUUGAUAAGGUAGACAAAUCGUAGCUAGCUUGUUGGUUAGCUGUAGCUUAACUAGCUCAAUUAAGCUAUAGUUCAAAAUGAACGUGAAAAGUAAAGUGCGGUUAUCUUGCAAAUAGGCGUGGGAAAACGUCUCCAAAUGUCAACCGUAAUGUUCUCCUCUCUCCGCUAUAAAGCUCUGGAUUACAUCUUUGAGGCUAGCAGCAGGCUGAAGGUGAUGACAGACUUGUUGGCUCUACCAACGCCCUACACCGCUGACAGCCACGAACUUUACCCCCACAGUGGCACCCUGGCGGACGUCACCUACAGGAAGCCGUGGGUGAGAGGAAACAUGAACUCCACCUGCAGCAGUUCUGUGCUUGACGACCUCAAAGGAACAACACAAGAAAUAAACUCACCAGAACGGUUUCAUGGCUCUGGGAGUGGCCAGGACGUGAUGGAGGUGUUAGUGAGCUCUGUACCUGACUCAGCAGAGCUUCCCGACCAGGGUGAACAGCUAUGCCCUUUAAAAGCGUCAAAGCUCAACGAGCCGUGUCAUGAGUCGUUUUACAAGUUGACGAGUGAGCAGAUGGAUCCCGAGAAUAAGAACGAGAGUCUCCUGCUGCCAGAAGAGAUGAUGGUCGUUGACUUUCUGCCACAUUUUAAACAACAUUUGCCCACGCUGAAAAGCAAACUGUCCCGGCUGAGGACUCUCAAGGUGGCUGACCCCCUGCUGAGUUUGACCGGAAACGCCAUCACUGAGGAAACAAUACUCAGGCACUGUGUCGCGUAUGAGAGACCCUCCGACGUGAUGCACGGCUGCCCUCCUCUGUGUGCAAACGUCAAUGAGGGGUUUUGCAAAGAGUCACUCACCAAGGAAGAGUCUUUGCUGUUACCUGAGCUCCUGGACGCCGCAAAGACGACCAUCGAGUAUCCCAGCAGCUUUUCAAGCAUCUGCCGUCACGUGAAUGUUGUCGCCGAACAGCUGGACGGACAACUUUCUGUCAUGGAGGUGCUUUCCAAAGACAACUCAACGGCAGUGGAAAUGUUUCCCUUUUCUUUACCGGCAUUGAGCAAUGAGGGAGACUGGCUUAAGGACACAGACGCUCCAGGACGUGCCAUGCUUCCGACCGAGAUGGAGCUGGACGUGACUCUGACCCCGCCUCCCGCCUCUGCCGGCCAGUCUCACGUAUCACUGAGGACAUCUGACCUCCAGAGGGAAGCUUUGUCUCCACCCGGCAGACUGUCUUUGGUGUCGGCAGGAGCUCAGCAGCAGAUGGAGACGGUGCUUUGGAAGUCGGAGAAACAUCCCAACUAUGUGCUGAACUUCCUGUUUCCAGAACCCGAGAUACGAGAAGCCGCUGUUGACUUCCAGCCUCUGAGUGAAGCCCUGAAGCUGCAAGCGUUGAAGAGUUUUGCUCCAGAGAUGGAGACCAGAGUGUUAUUUGGCAGCUGGAUGGAGUCUCCGGAGGCGCUGAGCGCUGAUGUUCCUUCUAAUGACAAGAACCAGACGUUGGAGGAUUUUAGUAAAGUGUCACUUGAACCUGAUGAAAAGAGCAUCAUCUCAUCAGUGGUGGUGAGCUCCACACUGCAUCCGCCUCACCCAGAGGAGUCUGAAACCGCUGCUUUGCCGUUACAAGCAGCGAAAGACUUUGUCCAAAAACACUCCGGUGCCGAUUUGUCCCAAAGAAAAUAUCUACCACUCAUUCCCAACACAAAGGAAGUCAAACCUAAACCUUCAACUAGCACAGUCGACAGAGUCACUGACAAGAUCUUUCCACAAGUUUCAUCCGUACUUGCACCUAAAAAUGUUAGCCAAUCAGAGCAGAGAGUGCAGAAAGUCCAUUUCAGGGUGAAGGAUGACCAGGGAGGCAUUACGGCUGGCGGACAUCCGGCACGUCAGCAAGUGGACCCGUUGACCACAUUCAUGAUGCUGAGGUCACGGUCAAUGUCACCUGUCCUGGCAGCACCUCCCACACAUCUACAGGCACCAGAGCCGCAGGACAAAGUACCACAGUCAGAGGUGCAGCAGCCUCCUCCCAGACUGGUAGACUGGAAGCCGACCACUGCUGCGACAUCAGGACACGCCAGCAGAGGGCAGAAUAACACCAGCUCGGUGGUACUUCCAACCAACGAUCAGCGGAUCAACCAGGAUGGCAGCAGAGUGUUGCAGAUCCAAGCCACUGACAGUCAGUAUCAGGCCUACCAUGAGCUGCUGGCCUUCGCUCAGCCUCGUCUGACCUCUGCCAGGGAGCUGGGCCUCAACCUGCCCGCCUGGAGGGACUUUGAGCGCCUGGCUCCGGACCAAACACGUUAUGUGCUCAAACAGCGGGAGGUGGCGCUGUGCCGGAUGACGCAAGCGGAGAGGGGAGAGCCGGUCAGAGAUCAGGAGCAGCUGUUCCGUCAUGUGCUUCUGAUCCACGUGCUGGUCACGGCCAAAGAGUUGUUGUUCAAGUGUGACCUGAACGCUGCUGCGGAGUACCUGAGCAAGGCAGUUGAGUCGUGCGCUGACCUGGGUCUGGCUGAGCUGCUGAGGAGGCUGCAGAUCAUCCUCCACCUCAGUCGCGUGAACCGCGAGUCCAACUUGAAAGUGCUGGAGCUACAGCAGCUGGUGUCGACUCGGCUGCAGAACGGCGGCGAGGCGCAAAAUGACAAAAUUCUUGUCAUUGUAUGGCUUUGUUGUGAAGACGGCACGUGCGCAAUCAUCCAACACCUGAACCAACUGACUGCUGUGACCGCAAUAUGCCCGAACGAGAACACCGGCAAGCUGAAUGGUGCCAGUGUCGUCAGCAGCGUGCAGGACAGUGUGUGUGUGAUGGUGUACGAGCAACAUUUAGGGCCGGACUUCCCCUGGAAUCUUUUCUCUCUGGUGGUGGAGUACGACCACCCCGGCCCGUCGCCAUGGGCAACCAUCUGCAAGGAGAGGAAAGUGGAGCACCUCACCUUCGACAUCGUCCUCCCCGAGAGUGCCUCCUGGUGCCUGGAGGACAAGGUGGCGUACGUGCUGUUGGUGACAGGGACACUCAUCGACUGGCCGCUGUUGCUGCAGACGCUGGAGUCAGCGUUUAACGUGUCGGUGCUGGAGAGGAGUCACUGCCCGUCCCUGCAGAUGCUCGGAGGCACGGAUCACUACGCUGUGAUCACAGUGGACGAGCACACCGCGGUCAUGGUUCAGGAACAUGACGAGAUAUGUCAGGAGCGAGCCAGUGAGGUCAUGGUGAUGAGGCUUACCGCUUUAUCGUUGCAGUACACUCACUGCUGGAUCAUCCUGCACUGCCCAGACAGCCAGGGUGGAGGGUUUUCCAGCCAAGCCUUCGACAACUUGGUGCUGGUCUACUCCUCUCUGGUGCUCUUCGGCAUGAAGUCGGACGACCUGGAAGUCAAGGUGCUCCUUUCCUCAGAGGUGUUUGAAGUGGCCAAGUGGGUCAAUCGGAUCUGCUUCCUCAGCUUGAUGUCCAGUGCUCAGGACCCUGUCAGCUACCUGGAGCGAGACUGGCUGGCUCUGACGUGCUCACAGGAGGAGCAGUGCCUGUCACAGUUCCCCAGCAUCAACCCUUUGGUCAGUCAGCUCAUGCUAAAGAGGGCACCCUCGUUGCCGUGGUUACUGGGGGCAUCUCUGACCCAAUUGGAAGAACUGCUCCCCGAAGUGCCACACAAAGUCUUAAAGCUGUUUAGCGACACCGCCUCCCAGUACAACAACACGCAGCCUCAGCAUGUCGAGUCGAGUCAGCGCACAAGUCCACCGGAGAGCCCUUGGAGCACGACGGCCGACCCGCUUCCUCCGCGAGAGUUCGCCAGCCGCGAUCCAGAAUCAUUUCCCGGCGACCCCAACCUCAGCUUCCUGUUUGGGUCUGCCAAGAUGAGCUUCUCCUCGCAGGAAGACGGGGCAGAUUUCAGAUGCGAUCCCACUUGGCCCGCCUGCAGCCCGGAUGUUUCCGUGUGGAUGACUGGCGGGGAUGCGUGGAAUGAGCUGGACAGAACCAGCAGGGAGGCCAUCUUAUCUGAAAGGAGAGGCCGAGCUGGAGCAGUGUGCAGGGUGGUCGGUAGAGGAAACAACGAAUGGUCCCGGCCGGCCUUAGACGCCUCUCUGGACAGUCCACUCUCAUGGAGCGGCGCCUUCAGCCGAGCCAACGGUCGUCUCAGCCCACCUUCAGAGGUCCAGCUGUGGCACCAUGGAGUUCACGGUUCACACGUGGGCGGGAGAGUGUCCCACUACGGGUCCAGAUGCUGGAUGGGGCAAGAGAGGAAGAGGAGUGAGGAGGCGGCAGGGUUGAGUGGCACAGUGCCGAUGCCGCUGAAGAGGGGCAGAUUGUGCUAUGAGAAGGUGCCGGGCCGAACCGACGGACAGACAAGGCUUAAAUUGUUUUAAGCAUCCUGUGUUGACCGUUAGCAAACGCAUUCUGCUAAAUUAAAGUUCAUUUUGUGGGGUGUGAAAAUAUUAUAUUUAUUUGUGUAUUAUAUUUCAUAAUGCAUUCAUGUUGCAUUGCAGUAUAUCAUUCUAUU